AUGUUAAUGAUGGAUUCGAUUGUAACUAAUCGUACGAUAGAAUCAUCAUCAUCAUCAAUAUCACCGGUAGCAACAUCACCAUCAUCAACAAUCAUUGGUACUAAUAAUAGUGGUCAUCAUUUAGCAACUAUUAAUGGAAGUCAUCAUCUUGCUCAUUAUCAUCAUCAUCAUCAUCAUCCAAUUGCUUCCGGUAUGCAUGGUCAUCAUCCACAUGUACCACAUCAUCCAGGUACCAGUAUUCAUCAUGCUGUUCAUAAUCCACAUCAUCCACAUCACCAAAAUUGUUUAUCAUCUAAAAAUUCAACGAAUAAUUCUAAUUCUAAUAUAUUCAAAUUUGAAUGUAAAACAUUAAAGAAUGUGAGACAUAUUUUUAGUAUUAAAGAUGGUUUAUUUAUAAUUUUUGUUGUUAGAAAUUUCGAUCAUCAUCAACAACAACAACAACAACAACAACAGCCGUCGAAUACAUUAUCUGAAAGUUAUUGGACAAUGGAUAAAUUAAGUAAUCUAUACAUACAAUGUGAUUGGCUUUAUUCAACCGAUUCAUCAGGAAAUCAACGAAGAUUACUCGGUUUUUUAUGGGAAGAUGAUCCCACCGGUAAGGAAGAAACAAGAUAUUUGAGAAUUUCUGCAAUGCAUGAAUACACAUCAUUGGAUUUGAAACAAAUGGCUGAUAAUAACAACAGUAACAGCAACAUCAACAGUAACCGUAACCGUAACAGCAGCAACAUCAACGAUAACAAUCAAAAAGUGCGUGAAACUACAUAUUAUUUUGAUGAAGAAUCAGGAAUAUUAUUCUUUAUUAGAUCGAAACUAAAUCAUUAUUAUGAUUUAGAAGUGAAAAAAAUUGGAAACAUUUAUCAACCAACAAUUGAAAAUAUAAUCUAUACGUCUUUUGAAAAUGAUAAAUAUAUUCUAUUUCAAAAUAUUGGUGAAAAAGUAACUAAACUUAAAAUGAAUGUUGAUGAAAAACGUACACCAAUUAUGAUUUAUGGACUGUUUCAAUAUAAAAUGCGUUAUUAUGUAUAUUUAGACGCAGAAAAUAUCUACAACGUAUCGAUUAAUGAUAGUUUUCAGAUUAAAUCCAAUAAAAUCAAUAAACGAAUACAAUUUGAUCAAUUAUUCAAAUGUUAUGGUGAAAAAAAUGAAACCAAUAUGAAACUAAUAACCAUAAUGAUUGUACAAAUAAUCAUUGUCAUCAUAAUGGUCAUUAUAAAUGUUUUAUGUCUAUUCAUGGCCAUUGAUUGGCGACAACCAAUAACGGCAAUUACAAAUCAAAUUGAUAAAUUUCGUAUAAAAUCAAAUGAUUUAUCAAGAUCAAGAUCAAGAUUAACAUCAUCAUCGACAACAGCCACAACUAAUACAACAUUAUCGAAAAAACAUCAUAAACAACAACAGGAUUUGUCCAAUUCAAAAAAACGACCACAAAAUGAUCCAAAAAAUCAACAAAUAAAAUCAAAUCGUCAUUGGAUUUUCGAAAAUAUUUAA